UUUCAGCGAAAAGUAUAUGCUUUUUGAGCAGUUGCUUUGAUUACAAUGUGGAACAGAUGAAAAGCUAAGUUGUCAAAUAUGGUUCAAUCAUGCAUUAAAUCCAUCACUAUGGGCUAAUUUGCGUAGUGUUUAAUGGACGUAUGUGAAUCACGAAAGGACAAAGCUGUGGAAAAACCAAGACAUCCCUUGGUUCCAGCUGAAGGGAACAACAAUGCAGCAGCUACAUCCCACCACCCUCAAACAAUGGAAAUUAGUUCUAAGUACAAAUCUCCAACACCUUUUGUUUCUAGACGUUGUACAUCACCAAGCCUAUCAAGAACAUUGCCUACAACUUCCGAAGUGGUGGCUAAAAGAGCCAAUUCAGUGGAGAGGAUGCGCCCUCCAACUCCAUCUUCACCUGCAAGCCCUUUUACACCAGUUCAUGAUUCAUCUGUUGAUAUGCUGCAACUACCUAGAAGACUAAGUACUGGUAGCCGAUUGCCAGAGAGUUUAUGGCCUUCUACAAUGAGAAGUGUUGGUGUUUCCUGUCGAUCAGAUUCUAUUUCCAUUCCUGUUAGCAAGAAGGAAAAUCCAGUUAGUAACAUCUCCUCUGAUCGCACCUUGCAGCCAUCUUCAAAUGUUGCUCAGAAACAGGCUGAACCACCAGUUGGGUCAUGUAAGCCUACAUCCGAAAGAAAGAGGAGUCCUUUUAAAGGGAAGAAUGUACAGGAUCAAUCAGAAAAUAUUAAACCGAUAGAUGGUUUACGUACUAAAUUGAUUGAUCAACAUCGAUGGCCUAGUAGGUCAGGUGGGAAGGUAUCUUCUAAUGCAUUAAACAAAAGUGUAGAUCUCAAUGAUAAGACUCCUAAAGCUUUAUCCAUACCAGUUGGAAAUGGUUUUACUUCACUCAGGGGAAUGUCUCUGCCUAGUGGUAGCAUCCAACCUAUACCAAAAUCUAUUAACGAUGCUGCAAAAUUAUCAAGCUUAGAAGAUAUUGGCAGGAUACAGCCUGGGGAAAAUUGUGCAGAUGAUAGUUCACUACAAGCAUCCAGAGCUCAAAAGCUUAUGGAGACAAAUUUAUCAGAUAAAUUAUCUUUAAUAAUUCCUACAGUUAGAUUACAUCCCUUGCCUACCCAUGGAUCAUGCCCUCCAUCGCCAAGUUGGACCUCUGUUAGCAGAGGUGUCAGUCCAUCUCGUGCUAAACCAUCCACUCCUAGACCAUCCACGCCUCCUUCUAGAGGUUUAGAAGAUAUUGAUAGGAUACAGUCUGGGGAAAAUUAUGUUGAUGAUAGUUCAUUGCAAGUAUCCGAAGCUCAUAAGGUUACGACAACAAAUUUAUCAGACGGAUUAUCUUUAAUGAUUCCUGCAGUUAGAUCACAUCCCUUGUCUAUCCAUGGAUCGUGCCCUCCAUCACCAAGUUGGACCUCUAUUAGUAAAGGUGUCAGACCAUCCACGCCUUUUAGGGGUCUAGAAGAUAUUGGCAGGAUACAAUCUAGGGCAAAUUCUGUUGAUGAUAGCUUAAUGCAGGUAUCUGAAGAACACAAGGCUACGACAACAAAUUUACCAAAUAGAUUGUCUUUAACAAUUCCUGCAGUCAGAUCACAUCCCUUGUCUACUCAUGGAUCAUGCCCUCCAUCACCAAGUUGGACCGUUGUUAGUAGAGGUGUCAGUCCAUCUCGUGCAAGACAAUCCACUCCUAGACUAUCCACGCCUCCUUCUGGGGGUCUAGAAGAUAUUGGCAGGAUACAGUCUGGGGCAAAUUCUGCUGAUGAUAAUUCGCUACAGGUAUCCGGAGCUCACAAGGUUGCGAUAACAAAUUUAUCAAAUAGAUUAUCUGUAAUAAUUCCUGCAAUUAAAUCACAUCCCUUGUCUACCCUUGGAUCAUGCCCUCCAUCACCAAGUAGGAACCCUAUUAGUAGAAGUGUCAGUCCAUUUCGUGCUAAACCAUCCACUCCUAGACCAUCCGCACCUCCUUCUAAAGGGGUCAACCCGACUUUGACAUGGCCAUCAAGCAUCUCUAGUCCACCCAAUUCUAGUCCAGUGCUUAGUUUUAUAGUGGAUUUUAAGAAAGAGGGAAAAGGUUCAAGCCAUAUUGAAGAUGCUCAUCAGAUACGGCUGUUAUACAAUAGAUAUUUGCAGUGGCAAUUUGCUAAUGCCAGAGCAGAAGCUGUUCUUCAUGUUCAGAAAGUAAAUUCAAAGAAAAUGUUGUUUAAUGUUUGGACAAGUACUCUAGACUUGUGGGAUUCAGUAAUCAGGAAGAGGAUCAAUCUCCAACAGCUGAAGCUCGAGCUUAAGCUGAACACUAUUUUGAAUGAUCAAAUUGCAUGUCUAGAUGAUUGGGCUUCACUUGAAAGGGAUCAUUUAAAUUCGUUAUCUGGGGCUUUGAAAGAUUUAUUGGCUACCGCUCUUCGUCUUCCAAUGAUUCGAAGGGCAAAGGCAAAUAUAAAUUCCUUGAAGCCUGCUAUUUGCUCAGCUGUGGAUGUGCUGCAGGCAAUGGAAUCCUCCAUCUGUUCUUUACUGUCAAGGGUGGAGGAGAUGAAUGAAUUGGUUUCUGAGCUUGUUGUUCUAGUAGCAGAAGAGAAAGCUUUGCUUGAUGAAUGUGAAGCCCUAUUGUUUUCAACAGCAGCUUUGCAGGUGGAGGAGUAUAGCAUUAAAGCAUAUCUCAUGCAGGUGAAAUAUGCUCUUGAGAAUCCACUGAUCUUCGCAACGAUAGACUCUCCAUGGCCAGAUCAACUUCAAAGUUAACCUUUACCUGUUAACUACUGAGCAGAGAUCAAUAAGUCGAGCGUUUCUCUCUCCCCAAAAGCUGACAAAGAUAAACAAAAGCCCCAUAAGAUUAAAGAUAUACAAACAAAAGCAUGUCCUUUCCUUUCUUUCUCGUUUUCUUUUCACUCAUCAACAUCCAUAGCUCUUACCUUCCCUUCCCUCUACACUCUCUUAUCUAGCCACAACCUCUUUUCUUUUAUAAAGAAACAUUGUUUAUUUUA